CAAAAGGCGGGGGGUCCGCGGCCCUGCCCGGCAGCCCACGCCUCGGCCGCCGCGGUGGGAGGCGUGGAUGACGGGGGAGGCGCGGCCAGGCCGUCCCCGCAGCGUCGCCAUAGGGCAGGUCUGGGCGGGUCCUGCGCUCCCCAGGCUGGCCUGGCGGGCGCCUGAGCUCCUCCCGGGGACCGAACCCGAGACCUCACGGUGGGCGCUCCCCGCCGCCUGCCCCGCUGCCCCCGGCUGUCACUCGGGUCGCGGGGGGCUCCUCCCAGAUGGGAUAAGCGGCCAAGAUGUUCAGUUUUGAAGGGGAUUUCAAAACGAGGCCCAAGGUGUCCCUCGGCGGCGCGAGCAGGAAGGAAGAAAAGGCUUCUCUUUUACAUCGUACUCAGGAAGAAAGAAGAAAGAGAGAGGAAGAAAGGCGAAGAUUGAAGAAUGCAAUAAUUAUCCAGUCAUUUAUUCGAGGCUGUAGAGACAGAAAACGGCAAUAUUCCAUCCAAAGAAGUGCAUUUGAUCGCUGUGCUAACUUGUCACAGUCUGGUGGCACAUUUCCCAUUGCUAAUGGUCCCAACCUUACCCUGUUAGUGAGGCAGCUUCUGUUUUUCUACAAACAAAAUGAGGACUCAAAACGAUUGAUCUGGCUGUACCAGAACUUAAUUAAGCACCACUCUCUGUUUGUGAAGCAGCUGGAGGGGUCUGAGAGACUUACGUGCUUAUUUCAGAUAAAAAGGCUGAUGAGCCUCUGCUGCAGGCUGCUACAAAACUGUAAUGAUGACAGUUUAAAUGUUGCACUUCCAAUGAGAAUGCUUGAGGUUUUUUCAUCUGAGAAUACAUAUUUGCCUGUUUUACAAGAUGCUAGUUAUGUAGUGUCCGUGAUUGAACAAAUUUUGCACUACAUGAUUCAAAAUGGAUAUUAUAGAUCUCUCUAUUUGUUGAUUAACAGUAAGCUUCCAUCAAGUAUUGAAUAUUCUGAUUUAUCUCGAGUUCCUAUAGCAAAAACUUUGCUGGAAAAUGUUUUAAAACCAUUGCACUUUACCUACAACUCCUGUCCAGAAGGUGUGAGGCAGCAGGUGUUCGCAGCCUUCACAGAGGAGUUCCUGGCAGCACCUUUUACAGAUCAGAUCUUUCAUUUUGUCAUUCCGGCGUUAGCAGAUGUACAGACCGCUUUCCCUUACGAGCCCUUUCUGAGUGCACUCUUGUUACAAGAGGGGAGAUAUUCAAGAAGGAGUGCUGGAGCACCGUGGCUUUUCUAUUUUGUUCUAACUGUUGGCGAAAGUUAUUUGGGAGCACUGUCUGAGGAAGGCCUGUUGGAAUAUUUGAGAGUCCUCCAGACCUUCCUUUCUCAGUUACCAGUCUCACCUGCCAGCACAAGCUGCCACGACUCCGCCAGCGACUCUGAGGACGAGAGUGAAGAAGCCGACAAGCCCACCAGCCCGGAGGAUGGCCGGCUGUCAAUACCAUACAUAACAGAGGAAUGUCUGAAGAAGCUGGACACGAAACAGCAGACCAACACCCUGUUAAACUUGGUGUGGAGGGACUCUGCUAGUGAAGAAGUCUUCACCCGCAUGGCAUCCAUUUGCCACACGCUGAUGGUGCAGCAUCGCAUGAUGGUGCCCAAAGUCAGGCUUCUCUACAGUUUAGCCUUUAAUGCCAGGUUUUUGAGACAUCUUUGGUAUCUAAUAUCUUCCAUGACAACGCGGAUGAUCACAGGGUCUAUGGUACCAUUACUUCAAGUGAUAUCAAGGGGUUCUCCAAUGUCUUUUGAAGAUUCUAGUCGAAUCAUCCCACUGUUUUACCUUUUUAGCUCUUUGUUUAGUCACUCACUGAUUUCUAUUCAUGAUAAUGAAUUCUUCGGUGAUCCGAUCGAAGUUGUAGGUCACAGACAAUCGUCAAUGAUGCCUUUUACUUUGGAAGAGCUGAUCGUGUUGUCUCGCUGCCUUCGGGAUGCAUGCCUGGGGAUCAUCAAGCUGGCAUAUCCAGAAACAAAGCCAGAAGUGCGAGAAGAAUACAUCACAGCAUUUCAAAGUAUUGGAGUUACUACCAGUUCUGAAAUGCAACAAUGUAUACAGAUGGAGCAAAAGCGAUGGAUUCAGUUAUUUAAGGUGAUCACAAAUCUAGUGAAAAUGUUAAAGUCCAGAGACACAAGAAGGAAUUUUUGUCCUCCAAACCACUGGCUGUCUGAACAGGAAGAUAUUAAAGCAGAUAAGGUCACCCAGCUCUACGUGCCAGCCUCCAGGCACGUGUGGCGGUUUCGGCGCAUGGGCAGGAUCGGCCCACUGCAGUCCACCCUGGAGGUGGGUUUGGAGUCCCCACCGCUGUCUGUGUCUGAGGAAAGACAGCUUGCCAUCCUGACAGAACUGCCGUUUGUGGUUCCGUUUGAGGAGCGGGUGAAGAUCUUUCAAAGAUUAAUUUAUGCAGAUAAGCAAGAAGUUCAAGGAGAUGGUCCAUUUCUGGAUGGAAUUAAUGUCACAAUAAGAAGAAAUUACAUUUAUGAAGAUGCUUAUGACAAACUCUCCCCAGAAAAUGAACCUGAUUUGAAAAAGCGCAUUCGUGUGCAUUUACUCAAUGCCCAUGGCCUGGAUGAAGCUGGAAUUGAUGGUGGUGGUAUUUUCAGAGAAUUUUUAAAUGAACUACUGAAAUCAGGAUUUAACCCCAACCAGGGGUUCUUUAAGACUACUAAUGAAGGGCUUCUGUACCCCAACCCGGCUGCACAGAUGCUUGUGGGAGAUUCGUUUGCCAGACACUACUACUUCCUAGGCCGAAUGCUUGGAAAGGCUCUCUAUGAAAACAUGCUGGUGGAGCUGCCUUUUGCUGGCUUCUUUCUCUCGAAGCUGCUCGGAACGAGUGCGGAUGUCGACAUCCACCACCUGGCCUCCUUGGACCCCGAGGUCUAUAAAAAUCUGCUGUUUCUCAAGAGCUACGAGGGCGACGUGGAGGAGCUGGGGCUCAACUUCACCGUGGUCAACAACGACCUGGGAGAGGCUCAGGUGGUGGAGCUCAAAUUUGGCGGGAAGGAUAUCCCUGUCACCAGUGCCAACCGCAUCGCCUACAUCCACCUGGUGGCAGACUACAGGCUCAACAAGCAGAUCCGCCCCCACUGCCUGGCCUUCCGCCAGGGUCUGGCCAACGUCGUCAGUCUGGAGUGGCUCCGCAUGUUUGAUCAGCAGGAAAUUCAGGUGUUAAUUUCUGGUGCACAAGUUCCCAUAAGUCUGGAGGACCUAAAGUCUUUCACCAAUUACUCAGGAGGGUACUCCGCCGAUCAUCCUGUCAUUAAACUCUUCUGGAGGGUCGUAGAAGGUUUCACUGAUGAAGAAAAGCGCAAGUUGCUCAAGUUUGUGACAAGUUGCUCUCGACCCCCCCUCUUGGGAUUUAAGGAGCUGUAUCCUGCAUUCUGCAUUCACAACGGAGGCUCCGACCUGGAGCGGCUCCCCACGGCCAGCACCUGCAUGAACCUGCUGAAGCUCCCGGAAUUCUAUGACGAGACACUUCUGCGGAGUAAACUGCUCUAUGCCAUCGAGUGUGCUGCUGGCUUCGAGCUGAGCUGAGCCGAGCCAAGCCGAGCCAAGCCGAGCCGAGCCGAGCCGACCCUCUGCGGAGAAACCAGCGCCUCCCCAGACCGUGGGACGCCCGGGUUCGAUGCCACAGCUCUCCCCGCCUCCUCCCGGCCUUCUUCCCUCCGUUUCUCCAGUGAUUUUUAUUUCAACGUGGUCUCUCAUUUAGGUGGACGUUGCUUUCCAUAUACAAUUAAUAAAUACGACGUGCCAUGUGGCUAAAUUGAGCAGUUUUGCCAAGAGGAGCACAGCUUUUAGAGUAGUGGCAACUCGGUGCCCUUAACCAAAGAUGAGGCCCUGACUCUGUGGCCGGCGGGAGGCCCUCCGGGGCCACGGCUCUGCCCGCCCGCCGGCCCGGGGCUGCCAGGAGACAGGGUCGGAGAGGCCAAGCCCUCACCUCCAGGGGCCACUGCUUCUCACGUGGCUGUUUACAAUCCUAAUUGGUAAAAUUAAAGGCAUUUGUUUCCUGUUGCCUUUAUCCCAAAAAGUGGGCAGGUUUGGAAAGUUGAAAACAAUAGUUUUGUCGUGCUGUUGAAGCCAUUGGCGCCGAGCGGGACUAGCAUGCUUGUUUUCAUUCGGCCGCCAGCUGUGUCCUGCCGGCGUGGACCUAGCUGUGUGUGGACGUGAGCGGGGCCUGGGUGUGUCGCUCUCUGCCUCUGCUUUGUGCCUGGGGAGCUUUGGGGGAAGGUGGAGUGACAUCCGUGUUACCAUGAGAAUGACACCCUGAGGGAGAAGAGACACUGUAGCAUCUAUUAAAGCCGUUUGAACCAAAGUAGCGGGCUGCUUCUUUGUCCCUGACACCUGCUGGGGCAUUUGUGACGCCCACGCCCUCCUCGCCCCUGGGUGGCACAGCUAGUCUUCCUGGAUAUUUGAAGGGUGACUCUCCCUGCCUUGGCACCCUCUGCUUCGACACGAACACAGGACAGUCCCUGACACACAUUCAGGGAGGAGCAGGCGUCUCUCUGUAAGGCACUUUAUCGGGACCUGCCUGGUGGCCGGGGCAGCAGUCGCUGCAGGCAGGCAGCGAUACAGGGCGCCGGCUAGGCCAGUGCCACCCUGGGCCAGCGCAGGGGGCAGGCCUCGGGACCUGGCUCGGCUCCCCCCGCACUCUGCAGGCUGUCGUAGGUGAUUGACCAGAAUUAGCAAUAUACUUUUAAAUGGGGGGGCAGGGGGGCAGGAAUGACUUUUAAGACAAUGACCAUUAUCAAAACAAAAUGUAUAAUUUCUGAAUUUGAAUAAUAAAUUAAGUGUUUAAAUGGUAUUUGUAGUCUUGAUAUACAGAAAUAAAACAAUUAGGGUUUGUA